GCAGCUCGACCGGCCCCUGCCUGGACAUCGAGAACCUCCUGGAUCCCGAGCUCAAAAAGAGGCUGGGGGAACCACUGGAGCGACCUCUCAGGGCUGCGCGGCCCCAGAGCCCACACGAGGCACAGUUGAUGAGUGAGCUGUACGCCCGCAUCGCCCAAAAAUGCGGCAAGCCCCUCCUAGAUGAGGUUGCAGGUCCGAACAGCCACGAGCGUUUCGAUGCGAGCUUGGAGAAUGCCACGCGCGUCUUCGACGCCAUCGUGACAGAGGAGUUGGCACAGCAGGAUGCGACCCUCAGCAAGGAUGUUCAGCCGAUCCCAUGGCGCUUCUACCACUCCCUGCUCUCCAUGCGCUGGUGCGCUUUUCCUCUGCUGACGCUGGCCUACAGCGGGUCCCUGCUUGUCGCAUGCCAGCUUUGCGGCCAUUUCGGCACCUGGAGCGCGGCCGUUCUGGCAGCCGAUUGCUCCCGAAGCCGAGCCCGGGCUGUGGAGGCGGCGGUGCUCCUGGGUCUCGCACUCCUUUUGAGCGGCCUACUCAUAGCCUGCGCACCGCUGUUGGGCCUCGAGGCCUGCGGGGUCAUGUUGAAGUUUUCGGAUGAGACCCUCCAGCUCCUCGCGGCCUACACCGCGCUGCUCGGCCUUGGUGCGGUGGUGGGCCACUUCCUCCACGUCGGCUUGGGAAAGGCAGCCCGCGAAGACACGAGGUCUGGAUGGAGGCUGGGAGUUGGAUCGAGAAGCUUUUCGAAGGCCCAAGCCACGCACGCCUUUUGGGCCCUCUAUCAGCCGCAAGCUAUGGCUCUGGUCUACCAGCUGCACUCGGACUGGCCCUACAACAUCCUGCGGCUUUGGAAACAGCCCGAGCGCGUCGGCACUCCGAGGGUCCUUCAGACCUACCUGGCACAGCCCGAGGCGCUCCGGUUCCUGGUGAACUCCAACUUCGCCUCCAAGGACUUCCAUGAGGUGCGGGCGAUCUGGCAAGGUGGGCAGAAGGAGGAGGUGUGCCUUUACGUCAUCAAGGACUACGAGGGCCACCCUACCUUGGAGGCCGGCUUUGCUGCUUCGGAGACGGAUGAAGCCGAUGGCUGGUGCUGCCUCCCGCUUCUGAAGGGAAUCGGAGAGACCGAGGGCUACCAGUCUGGGCAGGCACUGAGUCUUUCAGAGCUCCAGAGCCUCUGCGCCUCGGACCUCACCCGAGUCGCCGCGUUCCUGCGCUCCGAUGCCUGCAAGUCCGUGUACGUACUCACUGGUGCCGGUGUUUCCACGGGCGCGGGCAUUCCAGACUUCCGGUCGGCUGGUGGUCUCUACGACUCCAUCCGCCCCGAGCUCAUAACUGCCAGCUUCAUACAGCGCCAGAAGAUGAGAUUUGAUCCUACAUAUGUGGUUGAAAGGGACAUGUUCUUCCAGAAUCCCUUUCCCUAUCUGGAGGUAAGGCGGCCGUUUAUUCUCGGCACGCAUAGGCAACAGUGGAAGGCAACCAUUUCUCACUGGUUCAUGAAGUUUCUGGAAGAGGAGGGCAAGCUGAAGCGAUUGUUUACACAGAACAUUGAUGGCUUGGACUACCAGACUGGUAUUUCGCCGACGCGGGUGACGAAUGUGCACGGCAGCAUCGCGCGCGUCUCCUGCGAAGGCUGCGGAAAGGAAAUGCCGUUCGACGACUUCUGUGCCCAAGUCCGUACCAACAUCAAGGACAUCUACAAAACGGAUCCAGAAGCUCCGGAAGAAUCCACCAGCAUUCCCUGUCCGCACUGCCAGCACCCCCUGGUCAAGCCCAACACCAUCCUCUUCGGGAGCAACCUUCCGGAAGAGUUCUUUGGUCGAAAAUCCAGGAGGUACUCCCAGAUGCAGCCCGUGACAGUACGAACAUGA